AUGGAUGAGGAGUUACCAGACGGGGUUGUCUUCAAAGACCACAACUUCUCCUCUGACUUGCUAAGACAGCUCAAUGGCUUAAGACAAAGCAAGAUCCUGACAGAUGUGAGCAUCUGCUCCGGGGCCUGGGAGGUCCCUUGCCACCGCAAUGUGCUGGCCUCCAGCAGCCCCUACUUCAAAGCCAUGUUCUGCAGCCACUUCCGGGAGAGCAGAGAGGCCAAAGUGCAGUUGAAAGGCAUCAGUUCCACAACUCUGGAGCAGGUCAUCACUUAUGUGUACACCGGGGAGGUGCACAUCUCAGCAGCCAACGUCCUCUCACUGAUGGAGGCGGCUGCCAUGCUGCAGUAUCCACGGAUGUUUGAGGCCUGUUCCUCAUACCUCCAGGGCCAGCUGGCCCCCAGCAACUGCCUGGGCCUGGUCAGACUCGCAGAAAUCUUAAGCUGUGACAGCCUUAAGAAGAAAGCAAGGGAGGUAGCCCUGACUUACUUCCCCGAGGUGGCAGCAUCGGCUGACCUGAAGGAACUCUGUGCCAUGGAGCUGAGGGACUACCUUGGAGAUGACAGGCUCUGUGGAGAGGAGGAGAAGGUGUUCGAGGCCCUCAUGGCUUGGGUGAAACACGACCUCCCAGCCCGGUGGAGGUACAUGCAGGAACUGCUGCAGCAGGUCCGUCUGCAGUACAUCCACCCCGCCUUCUUCCAUCACUUCAUUGCCAGCGAUGCCCUCCUCCAGGCCUCCCCUGCUUGCCAGGCCAUCCUGGAGAUGGCCAGGAAGCAGAUAUUCUCUUUGUACGGCCCCAGCGCUCAGGAUUGUAAACCCCUCUGGCACACGCCCCCAAGGAGCUCCUACCAAGACUUCCUCCUCCUCCUUGGGGGGCGGAAGGACAACCAGCAGACCACCAGGGAUGUCUUGCUCUACAGUGUACAGACUGGCCAGUGGCAGAGCCUAGCCAAGCUUCCCACACGGUUGUACAAGGCCUCGGCUGUCACCUUGCACCGGAGUGUCUAUGUGCUCGGAGGCAUGGCUGUCAGUGAGGGGAAGAGUCUCAUCAGCCGCGGUGUUUAUAUCUUCUCUCUGAAACUCAACCAGUGGAGGAUGGGGGAGCCCAUGCUGGCAGCCCGCUACUCCCACAGAAGCACUGCCCACAGGAACUUCAUCUUCUCCAUCGGGGGUACUGGAGAAGGGCAGGAGCUUCUGGGCUCCAUGGAGAGGUAUGACAGCAUCCGUGAUAUCUGGGAGAGCAUGGCCAGCAUGCCAGUGGCUGUGCUCCACCCAGCCGUUGCAGUGAAGGACCAAAGACUCUAUCUUUUUGGGGGUGAGGACAUCAUGCAGAACCCUGUGCGCCUUAUCCAGGUUUACCACAUUUCCAGAAACACAUGGUACAAAAUGGAGACGAGGAUGAUCAAGAAUGUGUGUGCCCCGGCUGUGGUACUGGGGGAAAAGAUCGUCAUUGUAGGAGGUUACACAAGGAGGAUUCUUGCUUAUGAUCCUCAGUCCAACAAAUUUGUCAAGUGUGCGGACAUGAAAGACCGAAGGAUGCACCAUGGGGCCACGGUGAUGGGGAAUAAGCUGUAUGUGACGGGCGGACGGCGGCUGACCACAGACUGCAACAUAGAGGACUCAGCUUCCUUUGACUGCUACGACCCGGAGACGGACACCUGGACAUCCCAGGGACAGCUACCUCACAAACUCUUUGACCAUGCCUGCCUGAGUCUCCAGUGCAUACCCCACAUGACCAGCCUCUCAUGAGGGCCACAGGAACUUAUCACGGUUCAAAAAGCUGUGUGGUGUGAGAGACUGCAACCCAGCUCCAAAGGUCUAAAGCUGGGAAGUCCAAACUAUCACUCUCUACAGAGUAGUCUUCUUUUUAAAAUGCCAGUGGAUUUUUUUUUUAAUUCCAUCCUUACCUUUUGAACCAGUGU